AUGACCACACAACGGCGCGUGAUCGACCAGUUGGUUGCUGGUAGUGGUAGCGGUGGUCAACCUGAGCCUUUACCUACUAACCAACCUGAACCGCAACCAAUACUUUUACCCUAUACUCAAACCCCUUCUACCCCGCAUUUUGCAAAUCCGCAUGAAGAAACUUUUAUCUAUCCCACUCAUGGCCUACCCUAUUCCCAGGCACCCGCUAUCCAAACCAAUCCUCCUCACCCCCAAAUUCCCCAAAAUUAUCCACACAUUAGUCCGAAUAUGCCACUCGAAGCUCAGGGACCACAUUAUUACUCCAUCGCUGAGCCAUUUAACAUGGAUACCGCCACCCAAGGGAAAGCAGAAGCUGGGGAGUCGUCCGCGUCGAUAGAUAAGAAUUUGCUAAAGCGAUUGGAUCGGUUCGAGGAGUUCAUAAGGAAAAGCCAAGGUUUGAACAAACAAGGAGGUCUGGACUACAACGAGCUGUGCCUAUUUUCGGAUAUGCAAUUGCCCAUGGGUUUCAAAACGCCCAAGUUUAACAAGUAUGAUGGAAUGGGCAACCCCAAGACGCAUCUCCGAAUGUUCGCCAACAAGUUGGGCAAGCCAAUAGAUGACGAGAAUCUACCAGUUCGUUUGUUUCUUGAAAGCUUAGAAGGCGAUGCACUGGACUGGUAUUCCAAUUUGAAGCCCGAGGAUAUGAGGACAUAG